UUUGUAUCUAACUCUUAUGGUAUUUUGCCUGAUCAAAGGUCAGUCUAUGAUCAAACAACUAGUUCAUUAGUUCUUUUUUAAUUAUUUGAGAUUAAAAAUAUAAACAUUCUUAGUAGUGAUCCUUGUUAUUAUCCUGUUAUGAAUUAUUACUAAAAACAAACCAAAACACACAAAUAAAACAAAAAGACACUUUAUUUUUUGUGAGAAAGAGUUUCUGCAGCGUCUAAAGGUGAAAUUCUACAAGUCUAAAGGUGACGCAUAGAACGUCCCAUUUGUUUCCAUGACAACUGCUUUACUUUUGUUAUUUACCCGCAAAAUAAGCGAAUGUUCCACGUUCCAAUCUGUUUCUAUGCUGGAUACAGAGCGACCCAUAAUAAAACUUAAUAAAAGGGACAGCCCUAUCUAUAGUCACUGGACGGCAGAGUUAGAGUUAAGGUGACAGCUCAGACAGUUUCCAGGAAGUAUAGCAGCAGAUUGUCUGUGGACUUCAUGGCACUAUAACAGGAAGUAUCAAACACACUGCAGCCCGGUGACAGAAGAGUUAAUCCGCUGUUCCCAGAGCUGAAGGAGUUAAAGAAACAUUUCCCAGGCUUAGCAGCGUGGCAAGCGGAGCUCCCACGCUGUAAUCAUCCCAGACUGUGCGAGGCAGGGACAGGAUAACACUGAGCCCGGCUGUACGGAGCGUUAAAGGGACAGCGCAGAGGGAAUAUACAGACUGAACGGGGUCCCACGCUGUACUCAUCACAGAAUGCUAAGAAUUCCAAGAUCGAACUCUGCAAUACAGUGACUCAACCACUGCUAAUGUUACCCUGUGUAAUACAGAGAUCGAACCACUGCUGAUACAAUACAGAGACAAACUACUGCUAAUGUUACCCUGUGUAAUACAGAGAUCGAAUCACUGCUGAUACAAUACAGAGACAAACUACUGCUAAUGUUACCCUGUGUAAUACCGAGAUCGAAUCACUGCUGAUACAAUACAGAGACAAACUACUGCUAAUGUUACCCUGUGUAAUACAGAGAUCGGACCACUGCUGAUACAAUACAGAGACAAACUACUGCUAAUCCAAACCUGUGCAAUACAGAGACCAAACUCCAGCUGCUUCUAACCUGUGUAAUACAGAGAUCAAACCACUGCUAAUCCCACUGAACAGACUGCAAGUUCAUUGUGGUCCCACUCUGUGCAGCACAAAUCCCUCUCCUAUUGGGGUCCCACUCAGUGUAUACCAGAUCCCUACCCUGUGGGGGUCCCUCUCCGUAUAUUUUCCAUAUCCCUACCCUGUGGGGGUCCCUCUCUGUAUAGAUUCCAGAUCCCUAACCUGUGGGGGUCCCUUUCUGUAUAGAUUCCAUAUCCCUACCCUGUGGGGGUACCUCUCUGUAUAGAUUCCAUAUCCCUACCCUGUGGGGGUCCCUCUCUGUGCAGUGAGGCACAUGUCCCCCCGGAUAGCAGGAUUUGGCAGUGCACCCCAAGCAGAUGUAACCCAGCUCAGUCUGGUAGCACACACUGGCAUUUCCUCUGAGCUCACAGAAAAUAUGACGCAGCCCCAGCCUCCCUCGGAAGAGGAAGUUUAACUCUGAAUAACGGUCAGGCUGCACAAGCCGGGAAAAAAAAGGGACCACGACCCAGCAAUUUGGGAGACUGGAGCAUCCAGUGACCAGCAGGAAGCACCCCAUACUCCAUCUCCCCCUGACUGUCCUGCACACCUAGAGGAGCAUGGGCUGACAUCUCAUCUGUCUGGGGCAGGAUGACAGUGUACUCAUUGAACCUGAAAGUCUUCUGGCUCCUGGUUGCCUUCCUCUUUACAUGCAGCUGGUGGUUGUUUCUGGCCCUGAGGAGAGACAGCAAUGUCGAGGAAGGAGGGGGCUGCCAGGAGAAUGGGUUCACUCACUUGCAACUUCUGCUCAAACUUUGUUUUGUGUUCCUGCUUUUUUACAUUGUCCUCAGGUGUUGCAACUCCACCUCAGUAUGCAGGCAUGGAAACCAGGAUCUCACCAUCCAACAGGAGGUGCAGCAGCAGCAACUGAGAAGAAACUUGUUGGAGUCCUUCUAUGAGCAUCAUAUCAAACUCUCCCCCCAUGUCUUGGGUCACAGCAAAGCACAUGUUAGCCAGAUUGUGGGAGAACUGAUCAAAGUUGGCAAAGCUAAGCAGCAGGACACCGGCGUGACAUUCAGGGGAGACUUUGUUCAGAUUGGCAGCGCUUACGAGCAGCACAAAAUCAACAGCCCUGACUACUUCGAUAUCCUCAUGCCUCUAAAGAUACCACAAAGUCUGAAGCUGGAGCCACUGUUUGCUGUCCCUGGCAAGGAGUCCACCGCGCCUGUCCUGCAAGGCAGUACUAUGUGCCGAGUGGCAGCGCCCAAAAAAUCCGAGUGGGUCAAGACGUACAAGCAGUUUAGCGACUAUUUCUGUUCUGAGACAUUGCACGGCCACCAACUUUCCUCUGCCCUGGUCCUCAAGUGGUUCCACUGGAAAAUUCAGAGGUGUCUCAACGUCAUUAGGUACCAGUUUGAAGAGAGGUGUCAUAUCACACUGAGCGUGUGCGAUGACAAAUUAAUUCUUAAAAUAUUGCCAAGAUCGGAUUAUGUUUGUUGCCACAUUUCCAUGUCCGUACGCCUUAUCCCUGCCUUUCACCUGGGUGACUCUGUGUUCCUUACAGCCCAAGUUUGGAGUGGUCCUUCUCAUUUGGAAUCUCUAAACCAUGAUGCGCACUGGGGCAUCAAUUUUUCCAAACACGAGCAAAAGUUUUUGAAUUGGUUUAAGGACCAGGCUCCCGCGAACUCAUGCCACCUAAAGUGCCUUCAGGUCAUGAAAGCCUUGAGAGAUCUGAACACUGUUACAUUUCAGCCUUUUUUAUCCUCACAGUGGAAAUCUAUUCUUUCAUCCUACAAUCUGAAAACUGUACUUUUUUACUUAUUAGUAAAGAUCCCCUUGGAAAAAUGGGAUGAUACCUUACUCAUGGACAGAAUGAUGGACUUUUUUCUAUUCUUAAAGGAGUGUUUGCAGAGUCAGGUCCUCAUGCAUUUCUUUCUGGGGAAUAAAAACCCUCCGAAUGUUAUUACUUUGCCAAAAAUGUUCAAAGAUGCACAGCCAGUCAACUUGCUGGAGGGAUACGAGUCAGAAAUAUUGGAUCAAGUGUGUUUUCAACUUUUCAACAUGUGGAUCCAAAUGCCACGAAUUCUAAGGAUACGUUCCAGUCCAAAAAGCAUUUUCAGGGACCAAUCCAGAUGUAACCAUUCAAAUAUUUAAUUGUUAUUCCAAAAAUUGAACAAGGGCAGUUUGAAGGACACCGCUUUAGAAAUAGAAAACCAGCAUGAUGGAAACUUUCUGUCAUUUGUCCUUAAGGGGUUAAUUCGUAACUAAUGCAUCAGAAGCUUUUUGGGAAUAAAAGUCUUUCUAAAUGCAAUUUGUAUGGGUAUUGAUGAAUUAAAAAACAAGCUUCUAGGUAGCCAACAAGUAAUUUUUUGAACGUCACUAAACUUGAUCUCCUAUGAUUUAAAGUUAGGCUUAUUCACUACAAUGAGAAUUGUCAGGAAAUCAAAGUGAAUUUCAAAUUUAAGACUAAGUAAGAGAACUGGAAGCAUAGCUGACUUGGAGAAUUUUGGUCUUAAAUUUGAAAUUUGCUUUAAAUUCCACACAAUUCUCACUUUAGUGACUAACUCUGCAGCUAUUCCUUGGUCAUCCAAAUGAUAGCUGAGGUUCAUAAGACUAGAAUUCUACUUGUUGGCUACAUUUGCUUAGGAAUAAGACGAUCGUACUCAUUCUAAGACUCUAAAUCAGGCUUCCCCAAACUCCGGCCCUCCAGAUGUUGCUGAACUACAACUCCCAUUAUUCUAUGAAUGAAAUAGGCUGAGAAUAAUGGGAGUUGUAGUUCAGCAACAUCUGGAGGGCCGGAGUUUGAUCUAAAUGGAUUUGUAGAGCAUUAUACAUGUUAUGGGAAUACCUACAGGGUUAUUCACUAAAUGAGGAUUCGAAGUGAAGUCAAAGCGAGUUUCAAAUUGAAGGUCAAAGUAGCCGAUCCUGAAAGAUUCUCUAAGUCAGAUAUGCUUCCAGUUUAGCUACUCUGGCCUAAAAUUUGAAAUUCACUUUUAAUUCUCACUCUGGUAAAUAACCCUGCUAAUGUGUUUUGUGUGCAUUCGGUUACAUCUUGCAGCAAUGUUUUGUUGAAAUCGCUUCCCGUUUUGUAAUCGCAUCGAACACCUAACAAUGAAAUGAUGUUUUUCUUGCAAUUCUAGACAAUUAGGCCUUCUAACGGCUCUUCAGUACCGAUAAAUUGAAUCUUUCUUUAAAGGGAGAAAACAUAUUUACAUACAUAUUAAUGUUUUUAUCAUCACAUUCCAUUUAGAUAUUGUUAUAUACACUAACAAGCACAGUGUGUUUCACUGAAGCGUGCAUUGUGGGUAAUAUAAAGUAAAUUUCAAAUUUGAGCUUUUAAUUUAAAAAAUGGCUGAAUCGAAAACUAAGAUGACGAGAAUUUGUCCAGUGUGUUUUUUUUUUUUGGCCUAACAUUUUUAAAUUCAGUUUGAAUUGCCUAUAGCCCACACUUCAGAGGGUUAUACACUGAAUUCCACACACAUGAAAAGUAAUUAAAUUAAAAUGGCAACUUGUUUUUAUUUGUAUUGCAGAUUUUAAUGUCGCACAUUUUUAACAAGUUUAUGGCAUACAAAAUAAUUAAAUUAAAACAGCAAUAUAUAUUUUUUUAGUAUUGCACGCUUUUGGGACGUUUUAGCACUCUUUUUCUAAUAAACUAAAAUUUUAUAAUUAAUUUCAUUAUUAACAAGGUAUGAGAUUGCAAACAAUACAAGAUUAAGGCAAAUGCACACCUGGAGGUAUAUUCACCAAAAACUAUAGGGAAUUGCAAAAUUUAGACUGAACCAGCUAAACUAGAAAAACAACAAUUUUUUUUUUUCAAAAUUUUAAAGAUUUUUUCCUCCCCUAAAAUUUGCAGCUCCCUUGUCACAUUUCCUUAUUGCCUGCCCUACUUAAUAAAACUCUGUUUUUUUUUUAAAUGUGGACCUGUUAAAAUGAAAAUAGACCAUUAGACCAAAUUCUGCAUUAAUGUAUUUUAACAGUUCAAUUACUGUCCAUUAUCUGCUGUACAUUCCAGAUUGCUCUGGCUUAGAGUUAGGUAUGAGCGUAGGACACAGAUGGCAAUUAAGCUGAAUAAAUUAACCUAAUUUCUAUAAGAUUUUUUUUUUGUCCUAUAUCAGAUUGAAUGACCAACUAGGAAGUAAUGGCAUGUUGCUUUGCUAAUGUCUUUUCCAUUUCUGACAGUGCUCUAAGUAAAAACAUGACAGCUUCCCUCUUAAAUUAUAUAAAAAGUUAUGUUUAAAAUAUUUUAUCUGCGCACCAUUAUUUUGGUACAAAAAUAUUGGGGAUUUUC